CCUGAGUCUGAUCUCACGCGGUAACCUCACCCGAGUUUCCUCAAACACAACAAAAGCCCAGAAAACGCUGGAUUGCCGAGACGAAACUCAGCAACACUUGGCAGUUAAAAACUUCAGGAUCACAGAGGAAAGAGGAGAGAAAGAGCGAGCGAGGGGAACCUACCAGUCUGCGGCUCGAAACUCGAAAGUGUUUCAAUUAUACCCUAGCUCUUGAUAAUUUUGGUUUUGAUUUCACAGAGGCUGAUCGCUUUCUGAUUAAUUGCCAGUCGGUUUGUUUUGGAUUGAAUUCCUGGGGCUCGAUAUGGGUUUUUUGGUUGAUUGAAUCGAGCUAUUGAGAUGAGAAUGGAGGUUCAGCGUGCUUGGUUAUACCAAUGAUAUGUUUUUUUCAUCUAAUUUGGAAGAAGGAGAAGGAAUGUAUGGAUUCGACGUUUGAUUUGGUUGUUGUUGUUGUUGUUAUUGUUCUAUGACGUGAAAUUUGGUUGGGGUUGCGGAGAUGAGUACUGGGAGGCAGACAUUUCGGGACCUCAUUGAGGAAGCCAAGAAGCGGAUCUUAUUGUUGGUCAUAUGCGUCGUUGGGCUGUCUUAUCUUAUGUCCUUGACCAGCUCUUCUGUUUGGGUCAAUAUGCCUGCAGCUGCAUCCUUAAUUGUACUGCUCCGCUAUAUAUCAUUAGACAUUGAGAUGAAAAGAAGAGCUGCAGCUUACAGUGAUAAACCACUCUCUGCCAAACAUCUUUCUCAAAAGAAGCCUCCUGAACUUCCAAAGGUUUCCCUUGGAAAGUCCAACUGGAGAAGGAAGGUGAAUUCCCCUGUUGUUGAAGCUGCGCUAGACCAUUUCACUAGGCAUCUAGUUUCUGAGUGGGUGACUGACCUCUGGUACUCCCGCUUAACACCUGAUAGAGAUGGUCCAGAGGAGCUGGUGCAAAUAAUAAAUGGUGUCCUUGGAGAAGUUUCAUGUCGUGUUAGGGAUAUAAAUCUCAUUGAUCUUCUGACCAGGGACAUUAUCAAUCUUAUUUGCACUCACUUAGAGCUAUUCCGAGCGAGUCAAGCCAAGAUUGUGAGGCAACAGUUGGAAGAGCUAACCAUUGAUCAUCUGGAUCGGGAGCUGAAGCAAGUUCUGGAUGCUGACAACAAGUUGCAUCCUGCUUUAUUUUCUGCUGCAGCUGAGCACAAGGUUUUGCAGCACUUGAUGGAUGGACUCAUCUCAUUCAGUUUCAAGCCUGAAGAUCUGCAGUGCUCUUUCUUCCGUUAUAUUGUCAGAGAGCUUCUUGCCUGUACAGUGAUAAGGCCAAUCUUGAACUUGGCUAGUCCAAGGUUUAUUAAUGAAAGAGUUGAAUCUUUGGUUCUUUCUAUUAACAAAAAAGCUGAUAAAGGAGUCACAACUUCGGCACAGGAUGCAUCUCAAUCCAAGUCAAAUGGGCCUCCAAGGUCUUCAUCUGAUCAUUUUUCAGGGGUCCUAGAUCGAUCUGUUAGAGGUGUUGAACUUGUGCAGUUUAAGCGUGAGCACUCUGAAGCUAUCUCUGGCGAGUCUUUGAAAGAAAAUAUGUAUGGAGCAUCUCAAUCGAAGGAUCCAUUGCUUUCUAAUGAUACUCAGUCUUCCCGCUCUUGGAGUUCUUUACCCUCGGAUUUCAAAUCCAAUGACAGAAAGGACAUCCAACGACACAAAUCUGGUGGACAAUGGGGAGAGAUGUUAGAUAUGAUGUACCGCAGAAAGACUCAAGCUCUUGCUCCAGAGCAUUUUGAAAAUAUGUGGACCAAAGGACGAAACUACAAAAAGAAAGAAGGUGCAAAUCAGUUGGCUAAACAAGUUACAGAAAAUUUAACAGCGGGGAUUCCUGGUAUACUGGAUCACUCAAAUCUGUCAUCUAAGCAUCAUAUAAAGGAUGGAACUACCAAGUUUGAUAUCGCCCAAAGGAGCCAGAGUCUCCCUCGUCAUAAUAAUCAAUCUUUGGCAGAAUUACAUGCCCGUACUGAUGGAAACAGAUCAGUUCACUCUCCAGCCAUGUCGCAUCAAGGAGAGCAUGAGGAUGAUCAGAUGCUUUUGGAGGACGUUGAAUCAGAAAGUAGUAGCUGUUAUACUGAAGAAGACGAAAGCAGCACAGUGACAGGUCUUGAUUCUCCUGGAACUAAAGUUUGGGACAGUAAAAAUAAUAGAAAUGCUGCUGUUUCUCACAUACACCAUCCACUUGAAAAUUCUGGAGGCAAUAUGGUGAGGAAGACUGGUAAAGGGCAUCUUCAUUACCCGAGAUUAUCUAGAACCCAUUCAGGCAGGAAAAGGUCCAGAUUAGGCAGUCAGAAGGUGAACACGUGGCAAGAGGUUGAGAGAACAACAUUCCGUUUGGGAGAUGGACAGGAUAUAUUAAAUUCAUAUAAGGAAGAUGCGAAAACUGAGGAUUCUAGUGAUGAUCCUGAGCUGGAAAGCUGGGGUAGAGUUCACAGUGGAGCAGCUGCAUCUUCAUCUGCUCCAUCUCUUUCUAUACAUGAAGCCUCUAUUAACUCCCUGGAAAAAUCUGUGUUGGCAGAUUCAUUUUUAAAGUUGAGAUGUGAGGUAUUGGGUGCCAAUAUUGUGAAGAGCGGUUCUAGAACAUUUGCUGUGUAUUCAAUUUCUGUUACUGAUGCAAACAAUAAUAGUUGGUCCAUUAAAAGAAGGUUUCGCCAUUUUGAGGAGUUGCAUCGGCGUCUGAAAGAGUUUCCACAAUAUAAUCUUCAUUUGCCACCCAAACAUUUUUUAUCAACAGGUUUAGAGAUCUCCGUUGUUCAGGAACGGUGUAAAUUGCUUGACAAAUACUUAAAGAGGCUACUACAGCUUCCAACCAUAUCGGGUUCGAUAGAGGUUUGGGAUUUCCUUAGCGUUGAUUCUCAGACAUACAUGUUCUCAAAUUCCCUUUCGAUUAUUGAAACAUUAGCAGUUAACCUUGAAGAUAAGUCAUAUGAGAAGAGUACCAAGGUUCAGAAUCUGGUUGGUGCUGUUAAUGAUCCCUUAUUGUACAGAGUAGAGCACUUACACACCACCAGAAAAGAUACCAUAUUGCAGAUGAAGCAGAACAAUGUAGCAGAAAAUCCAGGAUUGAGAAGAAGCAGCAAAUCAUGUUUGCCAGUAAAAAUCCCUGUUAAAAAACAUGAAAAUCCCAGGGAAGAUUCAGGGAGUGACUCAGGUGGUAGGUUGCAAAGUAGUGAUCGUUACAUCAGAACGUCUGAAAUUGAUCUAAAAGAAAGAGGAAGUAAUAAUCCACAGGGGACAUCCGAGGUACUUCUUGAUGCUACUACUGAUCCAACACUUCCUACAGAGUGGGUACCACCAAACCUGAGUAUCCCAAUAUUAGAUUUGGUGGAUGUCAUCUUUCAGCUUCAUGAUGGUGGGUGGAUCAGGAGGCAGGCUUUUUGGGUAGCCAAACAAGUAUUGCAGCUAGGAAUGGGUGAUGCUUUUGAUGAUUGGCUAAUCGAAAAAAUCCAGCUUCUGCGGAGGGGAUCAGUGAUUGCUUCAGCAAUCAAGCGGCUUGAACAGAUCCUUUGGCCUGAUGGUAUCUUCAUAACUAAACAUCCCAAGCGUCAAAGACCACCAGCAUCUGUAAGUCAGUCCCAGAGCCCACGUUACGGCGAGCCAACUCAGAUAUCUUCCCCUACGAAAGAGAGUGUGCUGACUGAUGAACAGCAACAACAAGAAGCUGCUCGACGUGCUAAGUUUGUUUAUGAACUGAUGAUUGAUAAAGCACCAGCUGCCCUAGUAGGCCUUCUUGGUCAUAAGGAAUAUGAACAUUGUGCGAAGGAUCUUUAUUUCUUUCUUCAGUCAACAGUUUGUAUGAAGCAGCUGGCGUUUGACCUUCUUGAACUGCUCUUGUUAUCGACAUUUCCAGAGCUUCACGAUGUUGUUAAGCAGUUGCACGAAGAUAAGAAAAAGUUUGGACAGCUCCAAUUGAACUAGAUGAAACCUUUAUAGCAUGCCACUUGACCUUCACUUGUAUUUUUGGUUGCACAGAAGGUUGGAAUGGAGGAUGCAAAGGCAGUGUAUGGUUUCCCACGUGGUUCCAGGUUCACGGUUUGCGCCACAUGGAACGAGUUCCGCUUUGGCAAUCAUUACACACUUCCUGUAAUUAGCAGUCAUUUUUUCCUCAUUGGUUUGUACUCACUGUACAGACUCACCAAGAGAGUUUCUUGCUGAGAAAUGAAAAUUCUGUAAUUCCCCUAUUUGGGUAUUUCUAUCAAAAGAAGGGGGGGAAAAAAAAAGAAAUGGAAAUGUAUAGAAAUCACAAGCUUUGUUUCA